CGACAUGCCCUGGGCCUCCUGGGAGAACCAAGCAUCCAACCCAAGCCCAAAAUCUCGCGCCGCCACCAAAGACAUUCGGGGACGAAGCGAAGCGAAGCGGCGGCGCCGGCGGCGAGAGGAAAGAUGCUCAAGUUCCUUUCCAAGGUGGUGGUGGAAUACUGCCCGCUGGACCCGCGGAAGGCCGCGGCGGUGGAGCUCCUGGCGCAGUGCAACGGCCGCAAGGCCAAGGACUCCAACCCGGCCUGCUCCGUCGAGCUCCGCCGCCUCCCGGCCCCGCCUGCGUCGGCGGACCCCAAGCCGCAGCCGCCGCGGGUCCUCGUAACCUAUCUCAACGGCGCCGAGGAGGCCGUCGUCGCCGCGGAGGGCGCCACCGCGCAGGGCAUCCGGGACCAGAUCCUGGCCCGGGGCCGGCUCAUCGACACCGAGCAGAUGUUCCGCGACGGCGGGGAGACGUGGCCCGUCGUCAUCCCCGAGGAGGAGCUCGGGAUGUCGUUCCCUGGCAUCAAGCCAAGGAAAGCUGAGGAUAAACCCCAGGCGUAGUCGCCAAGUCAGAGAAUCUCUUUCAUGUAGCAUGGUUACCUAAGGGCAAUUGUACUCCAGGCAUGUUUGCCACCAUUUCAUGGGAAAAUUUCUCUGCCCGGUACCACUUGGAUUCUGUGUUUCCAGGUGUUUGCUGACUAGGUCUGGUUCAAAUUUGUUUUGUUCCCCAACUUGGAGCCCAGUACUCACAAGUCACAUAAAACCAAUGUAGCUCUUGUUGCAGUAUAUGAUGUGAACAAGUAUCUUUCUUUACAAUAAGCAGAACCCUCAUACUGUCGAUGGUACUGA